AAGUCGAUCUGGGCGUAAGUGUGUGCACGUCUAGGCGGGGCUAGCAGUCAAGUCUCAAUUGUUCCCGGCGAUUGUAAAGUUAGACUGCUCUUUGGAAGAGUUGGGACUGUGUGUGGUUGUGUUGUGUCAACGAAUGAUUCAGCCGUACUACCACAUCCUCAGAGAAAAUUUGCGUAGCAUUUCCAAAUCGAGUGAAAUUCCGCUUAACAACACAACAGCUGCCGGAACAUGAAAUAUCGCAGACCUCCUUAAAACAACAAAGACUAGCAUCUGCUUCACUUCAACGUUUUCAGUCAGAUUUGUGGACACUUUCCCGUAUAUAAUUUAAUUUUUUUUAAAUGCGCGUUUUUUAAAAGUUCGAGGAACAUCAACGGAGUUUGCUGAUAUCCACUGAUAAUAACUGAGUCACGACUAUUUGAACAAAGAGGGAUACAGCAUCGCUUUCCAUACGCUACAGUGACAAUCCCAAUGAAAUAAGCAGCGCGUUCCUUUAUAUGGAGUGAGCCAUCCAUCAGCGGAGAGGCAGUGGACCUGGCGCUGUGGCUGGAACAAAACAUUUAAAGAACAGCUCUUCCUGAGAAGGGCCCUGGUUGCCAGGUGCUGAGGUUGUGUGCUGGGGUGAGAGGAGGCCAUUUUGUUAAAUGCUGUGAAGCUGCUGGAAGACCCAAGUGCCAUCAGGUGAGAGACAGGGAGUGAGAAGAGAGGACACUUCGAAAAAAGUCAUAAAUAAAUCAAAAAGCUUGGAUGCCAAGGACACCAUGGAUAGCCCGGCCCUUGAGUCCAAAGCGGAGCGGAUCGCCCGAUACAAGGCAGAGAGGAGGAGGGAGCUGGCGGAACGCUACGGCACUGCAGAGGAGGUCACUUCCAAAUACCUGAAGAGAGACAGGAAAGAGGCCUCGGAUACUGUUGCCAAGGGGCCUGAUGAGACGUCAAAAGCUGACAAGCCUGCAGGCGACCUGCCUGGAAAAGAAAGGCUGCCGGCGGCGGGCGCCGGCGACCGGGCGAGCAGGCGGACGGAGGAGAGCGCCCCGGGGACGGUUCGGGAUGUGGGAGAAGGGGGCGGGGCCUGCCGGGACACCGAAAAAGCACGCACGCGAGAGCCCAUCGCGAAAAAGGUCUCCAACGGCAGCGAGAUGGCCUCCACUAAAGCGGCAUCCUCCAUUAACAGCUCAUCGGAAACCCAGGAAGGACAGAGGCCAAGAGCCGAUGUCAAGACGGGUGACAGAGCCAUGUUCGGCACUGCAGCCAAGACGUCUCUGCUUGAAGAGCCGGAGAAGACUUCCGCCGCUGCCUGCGAACCCCGGCCCCGGCGUUCCAGCGAGCACCGAGCUCCUGCGCAGCCCGACUCCGACGAGGAAAUGGCGGCCGCUGCGAGUUCCCCCAAGGCGGCGCAGUCGGACGAGGCCGGGGCAGAGCAGGAGGCGGGGGAGGGCGAGGUGCAGGCUGUAAUGGAGGAGAGGCAGAAGGGAGGAAGCUGCAGCCCACAGCCUGUCACUACAGAGGAGGAGGACGAGGAGGAGAAGGAGGAGGAGGAGGAGGAGGAAAUGGUCCAAAGUGGCCUUACCCCAAUGUCCCCUCUGCAGUGGGGUGACCCCUUCUCUAUGUCUGACUGCCUGCAGGCCGAGGUGGACGAGGGCCACCCGGAGCCCCGGGCCCCCAGGGCCGCCGUGCAGAGGCAGGACUCUGAGCCGCGCGAGAUCAGGGGCAUCCUGAAGAAGAGCCGCUCCACCAGCGUGGAGACAGACCCGGGCGAGGUCCCUGAGCACCACUCGCCCACAGACGAGCAGGCUGGCAACGGCCACCGGGGGACGCUGCUGACUGAGACUCACGAUCAGGAGGAGGAGGAGGAUGAGGAGGAGGUGCAGGAGGAAGAAGUGGAGGAGGAGGAGGUGGACAGCGACGAGGAUGCCCCUGGGGCACGUGGGGAGACCCCAGAGGGGUCGGAGGGCGAGGGGAGCACCCAUUCCUCUUCUCUGUGGAGUCCGAGGGGUAGGAACAGCUCCUCCAGCUCCAGAGAAGAAUUCUCCGGGAAGCUGUCAUCCGAGGACCUGCCCCAGACCUUCUCUCUGUCUGAAGAGGGAGAGGACCUUGACAGUCUCGAUGGCAGCAUGAGCUCCUCCCUGAAAGAGAGGCUGGCGGAAAUGCUGGUCACUGAUGAAGACUGGAGGAGCAAACUGAAGAAGACCAAGCCCAGCGAGGUGAUCCACUCGUCAUUGGCUGAUCGCUGCAACCUGCUACAGGACGCUGAGAAUUCCUGGAGGAAGAAGAAGUCCGCGGCGGGGGUGGAGACCAAGGUGUCGCUGGCCGACCGCAUGCGCGUCCUGCAGGAGAAGGAGGAGCAGUGGAAGAGCCGGGGGAAGGGCGCCGCCAACGACUCCACCCAGUUCACCGUCGCCGGACGCAUGGCCAAGAGAGGCCUAGUGUCUGCGGUGCCCGGCAAAGACGAUCCCCCCACCGUCCACAGCAAGAAGUCCUCCACGGGAACCCCAGUCAAGCCACUGGAAGAGAUCUCCACCCGCUCCGACGUGGACGUCGUUGGGGACAAGAGGCUGGACAAGCUGGAGUCCUUCCUGGACAAGCUGCACAACAAAGGCAUGGGGCCCCGGGAGACCUCCAUCAAGGUGACGGCGGAGACGGUGAAGGAGGUGAUGACGCUGGACGACGAGGAGACGUUCGGCCGCUUCUACAAGGCCGUGUCCCCCACGGCCCUCGGCCCCGUCGCGUCCUUCGACUCUGUGGCGGACUUCAGCGUCAUCCAGUCCAACACGCCCAAGCUAACGUCCACAGUGGCCGAGCACAAGCGGGCGAUGCGUCCGCCUCGGAAGACCCGCGCCUCCCAGAACCCCCUGCGGGCACUGGCGGCGCGUGACGACAUCAGGCAGGAGUACACCGAGCAGAGGCUCAACGUCGCCACCGUGGAGACCAAGAGAAUACAAGUAGAGAGAAUGGCCAAGCAUUCCAACCUGGCGGACGCUGCCCUGGCUGGGCUGGCCAGCAAGGAGAACUUCCGCAACGUGCACCUGCGCAACGUCAAGUCCACCGAGGUGGUGACCAACAACAGCGCCCUGCCUUUCAAGAAGCUCAUGCUCAUCCUCAUUAAAGGGCGGAGGCACAUCCAGGUGCGUCUGGUGGAGCCGACGGCCCGAUCGCUGAACAGCGGGGACUGCUUCCUCCUGAUCACGCCCAAGCACUGCUACAUGUGGACCGGGGAGUUUGCCAACGUUAUUGAGAAAGCCAAGGCCUCGGAGAUGGCUACCUAUGUGCAGACCAAGCGCGACCUGGGCUGCAAAGCACCACAGGUGACCAUCCUAGAGGAGGGAAUCAACACGGACAACCACAGAGCCAAUGAGUUCUGGAAACUUCUGGGUGGAAAGACCGAGUAUAAAGGAGCGGGGGAUCCAGAAGAGGACGAGCUGUUUGAGAGCGGGGUGGUGGAGUCUAACUGCGUGUACCGCCUCGUGGAGGACCGGCUGGUUCCCCACGAUGAGGCCUGGGCCUCCAUCCCCAGUGUCUGCAUGCUCAACUCCAAGGAGGUGCUGCUGUUUGACUUCGGGAGCGAGGUGUACGUGUGGCACGGCAAAGACGUGCCCCUCGGCGACCGGAAGGUGGCGGCGCAGCUGGGGAAGCAGCUCUGGAGCGGGUCCUACGACUACAGCAGCUGCAGCGUCAACCCGCUCGACCCCUCCGCCAGCAACCCGGAGAUACAGCCGCAGGGGGAGGGGCGCCCCAGCUGGGCGCUGUUCGGCCGGCUGUCGGAGCACAACGAGACGGCCCUCUUCAGGGAGAAGUUCCUGGACUGGGCCGAGAGGAGCAGCUCCAAGGAGGAGGGCGCCGUGGAGGAGGUGAAGAGUCCCGUCCACGCCGCCCCUCACAGAGUCCCCGAGUCGGAGCUGCGCCCCUGUGACGUGAAGGCGCUGCUGGCGGGAGGGGGCGUGGCCGUGCGCACGGUGCUGGAGGGCGUGGACGUGCAGCGGGGUCGCGGCCUGGUGCGCAGCGAGGACGGCCGGCAGGCCCAGCUGGCCACCGUGGCCGUGGACGUCUGGCACAUCCGCGAGUUCGACGACUACGAGAUCCCCAAGGAGAGCUGCGGACAGAUGCACGAGGGCGACACGUACGUCAUCCGCUGGAAGUACUCCGUCUCCAACGUGGUUGGGAAGAGGCAGCGCCCAGGCGAGCUGAGCACUGCAGGCCCGGGGCGCGAGCGUAGCGCCUGCUUCUUCUGGCAGGGCCGCCACUCCAGCGUCAGCGGGAAGGGCACCUCGGCGCUCAUGACCGUGGAGCUGGGCAACCACAGGGGGGCGCAGGUUUUGGUGGCUCAGGGGAAGGAGCCUCCCUGCUUCCUGCAGCUCUUCCAGGGAGGUCUGGUCAUCCACAAGGGCAGCCGGGAGGACAGCUCCACCAACACAGGGGGCUGGCGCCUGUUCUGCGUGCGCGGCGAGGCGACGGAGGAGGGCUCCCUCGUGGAGGUGGACUGCCGCUGCUCCAGCCUCCGCUCCCGCGCCUCCCUGGUCCUGCUCCACGCCCAGCAGGGGGCGCUCUUCCUGUGGCACGGCUGUAAGUCCCACGUCCGGGCGCGCGAGGUGGGCCAGAAGACGGCGGAGCGGCUCACGCAGACGUGUCCUCCUGAGCUGGGCCUGAGCAGUAACAGCAGUGUGGAGGUGCAGGAGGUGGAGGAAGGCACAGAGCCGGCGGAGUUCUGGAACGCGCUGGGGCAGCAGGACAGGAAGGCCUACGACUGCAUGCUCAAAGACCCAGGCAAGUACAACUUCACCCCCCGGCUCUUCCACCUGAGCGCCUCCUCGGGGGUCUUUGAGGGGGAGGAGCAGCUGAGCCCCGCCCGCAUCACAGGCUCCGUCAUGGCCCUGCCCUUCCUGCAGGAGAACCUGUACUCUGUGCCGCAGCCAGCCCUCUUCCUUCUGGACAACCGCUUGGAGGUGUACCUGUGGCAGGGCCGGCAGCCCGACGACGCCGAGUGCACCGGCUCUGCCAAGAUCCGCUGGGACAUGGAGAGGAAGUGCGCCAUGGAGACCGCGCUCCAGUACUGUAGAGAAAAGAACCAUAAGCGCCCCCCACAGGCCUACCUGAUCCUUGCAGGUGCUGAGCCCCUCACUUUUACCAACAUCUUUCCCUACUGGGAGAGAGACCCCAACAUAAAGCUGCAGGGGGAGGCAGCGCGGAACAAGGUGACGCUGGUGAAGGACGCUCUCUCCAGGCUCAGUAAGACCCAGUACACCGCGGAGGAGCUGCUGGCCAAGCCGCUGCCAGAGGGGGUGGAUCCCCUGCGCCUCGAGAUCUACCUGUCUGACCAGGACUUCCAGAGAGUGUUGGAGAUGAAGAGAGAGGAGUUCAACUCCCUUCCUAAUUGGAAACAAAUCAACCUGAAGAAAAGUAAAGGACUGUUUUAAAAGCCUGAGGAAAAAACAAAUUCUUCUACGCUAUUUCUGUAAACCAAAAUAACUAGUUAUCAAAUGCUCUGCACUUUUUGUAUUAUUUUUAAGAAAAGCGUAUUUUCUUGUAAAUCGACCGUUCAAAUGUACAUACCUCCCGGAUGUAUCUUUUUAAGGGGUUACAGUUUUUUUCCAUCUUUUCAAAGGUGGAAAUUUUAAGAGACUUGUUGCAUGCUAAAUCGUAUUUCUGACAGGUUUAAAGGUAGAUUUGGGUGGACAGCACUGCCUGUAUAUACCUUCAAAAUGUAUUAAAACUUCAAAUAUGUAUCAAACUAUAUACAUGCCUGAAAUAUAAAUAUGUAUUAUAAAUAUAUUUUUUCUUAUCCUCGGGGAUGGGCUUUAUAGAAAACUAGAUAACGGAGGGAGUCGAUGCCAAAACACAAGCUGUGCUUAGAGUGCAAGUGCAAAUGAUGCUAGUGCAUGUUUCCGGUAGGAACGUAUCUAGGGUCACGACCCCUGGUCUUCGUCUGCCUCAGUACCCAUUAACCGUGCCGCAUAAGAGUGAUGAACUGCCUUUGAACCCAAUGAUGUAUAAACACAUGCAGAACACUAUGGUGGAAAACAAAUUGUAGUUUGUUUUUAAAUAAAAUGUAAUGUUUUUUU